AUGACACAGUUGAAGGCCGAGGACCUGGGUAGGGAAGAUGUCAAGAAACUGGCUCAGGUCUUGUUCCUUGACAUCAACAGGCUGAGCGAGCGAGAGGCUGCUGCUAACUUAAUCAACGAGCUGCCUUCUUACCUUCGUCGAUCACGGAUUCUCUCCCUGAUGGUGGACAAGCUGAACAUCAUACGAGAGCCUUCGAAGUCCGCAUGCUUCACCCACAAGACGCUUAAUAGAGAAAUAAUUCAUGCGCUUUGCGGAUUCAUACGGGCAGAAGUAGGUGAUGGCCUUAACGGACUGGUAUCAAGGCAGACAAAGCUGUCGAUUGAGCAGAGACGCAUGCUACACAACCUCCGUACCGUGAACGGGCUGUGGAUGACGCGGGAGGCCGUGGAGAGGAAGUACCUCAUUAGACCAUCUUUCACAUGGUAUUACCAGAGCGAUGGAUGCGAGGCAUGCAUGGUCGGCCGCUUUGCGAGAGACCGGUCUGCGUUGACGGAUAUGCGGACACUGCUGCUCAGCCGGAUAGGGAGGCACAGAAGCAGGGGCCUACCGCCACUCAUGCGGUGGGUAGAAGAGCUGAUGAACUGCCACGGCCCGUCUAGCCUGGAGAUGUUUGUCUUCAGCGCGGAAGAUGCGCUAGAACUGAAGGCCGUGAGGAGGGAUACCAGGGGCAUGCUACAUCAUGGACAAAGCACGGCUAUAGGCCAGGGAUGCGGACUCAGGAGAGCAGAGAGCAACGCCACUCAUCGACCGGCCAGAUGGACAUCUGUCAACACACGCCGAAUAGCUAGGCGGCCACGAUCUAUGGGGGCAAUUCGGCGCCCAGACAGUGCCCUCCAGCCGACUAAUAUCGAGAGAGACACUGAAACUGAUAUUAUCGACUGUUAUCUUAGCCGGACCCUGGUCAAUGUAAAUUCAGAACAACCACCUGCAGGACGACGGCCAGAAACUGCAGCUCCUGCCCCUGAGCCCAAGAAAAAGCCGCAGCCAGCAGAGCGAGCGCGAGGGCCAGAGCCAGAGCCCGAGAAAAGGUAUAGAAUCGAGAGGGCCGAGCGGCAUCAUUCAACCAGCAGCAAGCCAAUUAAGAGGAGCGAACCCCUAAAGACAACGAUGAGAACAUGCUCCGAGGCAAGACGAAACUCUCAAAUCCAUCCAUCGCGGUCAUUGACCAUUCCCAACUCACACGCUAGAACUGGACAUGAACAUCCCUCGAGGCUGAGCCAGUGUGUGUAUCGCAUUGGAAGCAGCAAUGACAAAGUGAACCAGAAUGUGAAUGUUAGCAGGCCAGUACAUCAGGAUAGAAAGCAUGGCACCACCUUGACUCGCUCACAAACUACCAAGACGAGCAAGGAGCAAGCAGCCGAGUAUCGAUCACUGCUUGGAGAAAUGCACCGGCCUUCCUGCUAUUCGCCGUCCAACUACAGUCGAGCAACACUGGUAGAGGGCAAUGCCGCUUUGAAUGCACGGCCAGAGGAGAAGAGACCGGUGUCUGAGGCAACGACUCACUGGAGCAUGUUUGGCGGAGGCGAUGAUAUCUUCCCGCCUAUUCAGCCUAUUCCCCCACUGAGAAUUCGAAAGGAGAAGAGAAAGUUGACAGAGUAUGAAUCCUCAGAACGAAAACAAGAAAAGCUGGAAAGAAAGUGA